AGCAUAUUUAUUCGAGAAAAAUCCGUCAAAGGUCUCCAACGGAUUCUUCCUUCUCGGGCUCCGUCUCCUCCCUCGUGUCGGAUCGUAAGAUAAUCCGCGGAGAAAACGAGCGAGGAUUUUUCUCGCCCGUUCUUACGUCACCGACAAUGCACGCUCGCGGGACGCCGCGCUUAUAAUAUCAUUCGGUCGCGCGUACUCGAAGCCGCAGGGCUCUCUCCUCCGCGGGAUGUCGUCCUUCGUGCAAUUUUCGUUGCAGACGAGAUGGUGCGAUCUUCUGUGCCUGUGUGUCCUGCUGGUAUUCGCGCAGCAGCGUCGCGCUGUCGCCGCGGACAACGCGAACAGACCGUACGAGUUCUCCUUCAACAUCGUUGACUUCCAGCACAGAUACGAGAAGAAAGAUGCCGAGGGACUCAUUACCGGAGAAUACGGUUUCAUCACGGCCGACGGCGUUUAUCACGAGACUGGAUACGCCACUGACAAAAACGGCGACUUUAUCAUCACCAGACAAAGAAACCGGAAAAUAACGAGUUUAAAAGACGCGCAAGAAAUAUUCAAGGACCGACCGGAAGCGGCGAAGAAGUUGCUGGAAGCCGUGGCGAAAGCCUGCGCCGGCUGCAAGAUCCCGAUACCCCGAAAACAGGAGGACAAUCGGCCGAAACCUGCAAAGGUGACCACGGAAUCGCCGCUACAGAAAAAAAUGGAUCCGAUAAUAAAGCAGAUGAUGAGGACGUUGACGGAAACCGUGAAACGAGCGAAUAUAACAUCUUCCAAGAGUUUCCUUCCAAAAGGAAAACCUCAUAUUAUCCAGAAGGAAGACAGUGCGAAAGCGAAGAGCCAGCCGACGGGAGACAUUGUGACGAGCAUGGUGCGAGCUGCGAAGAAGCUGCUGUCCGAAGAUAAGAAAAUCGUCGUGAGCGAUCGGGUUCUGGAAAAGAUGGCAAACGAUCUGUACUAUCGGUUCAACUACACGAUAACGUCGCACGGCCAUAACGAGGACGGCUAUCGCGACGGAAGGAAGAACGGUAGUUAUCGGUCGCUGAGUGAAGACGGUGUCGACACGCAAGUGAGGUACCUGUCAAACGAAUUCGGACAUCAGCCCAACAUCACGUUCUUUCCGCAAGCGAACACGACCAGCGAGAAGCACGGCCUCAAAGGAUACUUGUUUCGUUGGUACUGGUCGUGAGGUCACUCUCUCACGUAAUUCCAAUUUUUAUCUCAAAAUUUUUAGCCGCCAUCUUUUCCACAGCUAUUUUCUACAACACUAACCUACAUAUGUAUUUAAGUGUUUUUUAAUAAAAAUAUAAGGUAAACUCAGACAAUAUACGUAAACAAAUGUGAUGUUUCACUAAAUUUGUCUUCAAUUUCUAACAGGAAUUCUAACAAGAUCGCGCACUCGGCGUGCGAAACAAAAAGCAGUUAAACCGGUCAAAAAUUCGGUCAGAAUUACUUUUGCGUUUGCGUAAAUAUAUAUACAGCAAUAAACACAUGUGAUUUAUAUACAGAGAAGUCAAGCGUUCAGCAUUCGCUUGCAUCGGCCAGAUGUUUCAAAGAUGAUAAGACAAAAUUCAUCUUCCUAGGGAACAAACAAUGAUUAAACUGUCACAUAAAUAACGGGAGAUAGCGGGUUACGAUAGUAAAGUUUUAUACGAUGCUGAAAUUUCGUUCUACAAAAGUAUUUUAUUCCUAGAUUUUGCGUGAUUGCUGUUUUUCCCGAAGCGUUACGGUCGCGCGUAAGACGGGGCCUGUA